GCUGGUCUGCACCAAGACCACUUGGACACGUCUUCAUGAUGCAGGACUAGAAAGCCUUUUCUUCAAGUGGCUGCCAUGGAGUGCAGCGGAAAGGUGACAGCCCACCUUAUGAUGGCGGCGGGCACGGCUGUGAUUGGCUCCCUGCAGUUCGGCUACAACACAGGUGUCAUCAACGCUCCUCAACAUAUCAUCGAAGGCUUCUACAACGAGACGUGGAGCAGCAGGUUUGCCGAGCCCAUCCCCCAGAGCACCUUGACAGCUCUGUGGUCUCUCUCCGUGGCCAUCUUCUCUGUGGGCGGGAUGCUGGGUUCCUUCUCCGUGGGCCUUUUUGUCAACCGCUUGGGCCGGAGAAACUCCAUGCUGGUGGCCAACGUGCUCGCCCUCACCGCCGCUUUGCUCAUGAGCUUCUCCAAGAUGGCCGCCUCAUGGGAGCUGCUGAUCAUGGGACGCCUGACAGUGGGGGUCUACUCUGGCCUGUCCACCGGCUUGGUGCCCAUGUAUGUGGAGGAGAUCUCCCCGACCUCGCUGCGUGGAGCCAUGGGCACCUUGCAUCAGCUGGGCGUGGUCAUUGGCAUCCUCGUGGCUCAGGUUUUGGGGAUGGACUCCAUCUUGGGGAACUCCUCCCUGUGGCCCUUCUUGUUGGGGUUCACCCUCCUGCCGGCUGUUGUGCAAACCAUCCUGCUGCCCUUCUGCCCUGAGAGCCCGAGGUACCUUCUCAUCAACUGCAACCAGGAGAGCAAAGCCAACAGUGUUUUAGUGAAGUUGCGAGGAAGCGAUGACGUGAGCGAGGACAUGAUGGAGAUGAAGGAAGAGAGCCAGCUGAUGAUGACAGAAACCAAAGUGACCAUCGCACAACUUUUACGUUCUCCCGUCUAUCGCCAGCCCAUAAUAGUCGCUGUGAUGCUGCAGCUCUCUCAGCAGCUGUCUGGCAUCAACGCUGUCUUCUAUUAUUCCACUGGAAUCUUUGCCAGAGCGGGUGUGUCCCAGCCCGUCUACGCCACCAUCGGAGCAGGAGUCGUCAACACCGCAUUUACCCUUCUGUCUUUGUUUGUGGUGGAGCACACGGGCAGAAGACCGCUACACCUCACGGGUUUGAUGGGAAUGGCCGUUUGUGCGCUGGUUCUCACUCUGGCCAUGGCCUUGUUGGAUCAGCGCAGCUGGAUGUCCUACGUGAGCAUCGUGGCCAUCCUGGGCUUCGUAGCCUUCUUUGAAAUCGGCCCCGGGCCCAUCCCGUGGUUCAUCGUGGCAGAGCUCUUCAGUCAGGGGCCCCGGCCUGCCGCCAUCGCCAUCGCCGGCUUCUGCAACUGGUCGGCUAAUUUCUUAGUGGGCAUGAGCUUCCCGUACGUGGAGCAAGUGUGCGGUGCUUACGUCUUCAUCAUCUUCAGCGUCCUCCUGCUGGCCUUCUUCGUCUUCACUUACUUCAAAGUCCCCGAGACAAAAGGAAGAACCUUUGAGCAGAUUUCAGCAGGUUUCCUCCGCCAGUCGGCCGACAAAUACUCUCCUUCACAACACUUCAGCACGCUGAGGGGGGAAGGUCACGACCCUGACCUGUGAAAGAUGCCCUCACCUGACCUUUGGGGUCAUUGACUCCAAACUAUCAGAGUGAGACAAGAACAGGAAACAUACAUACAUGUCCUUUAACUGGCAAGAACAGGAAAC